AUGUUUAUAAUAGUAUUAAUAUCAUUGAUUUUAAAUAUUAUUUUAAUAAAUGCAGUAACAUUUGAUCCAAACUAUCAUCUUGGGUUGGUGAAUAAUGUAAGAGCUCAAAAUGGUAAAAACCCACUCGUCCUUAGUCCAUGUCUUCAACUUGCUGCUCAAUACCAUUCAAACUAUCAAAAAUCAAUCACUACAAUGACCCAUGAUUCGCCACUAGGUGGUUUAUUUGCAAGAAUGCAAGCAUUUGGUGCUGCAUCAAUGUCUUCUGCUGCAGAGAAUGUAGCAUCUGGUUAUUCAAGUGAUGAUGCAGUAGUUGCAGGAUGGGUUGCAUCAUCGGGUCAUUUUGCCAAUAUUAUUGGAAACUAUCAAUAUUUUGGAGUUGGUAUGGCAACUACUUCGUCUGGUACACCUUAUUGGACUCAACAGUUUGCAAACUAUCAAACUUGUAACCCAACUUCACCAACUACUACUACUUCAAAUCCAAGCACAACUACUACAACAACUGUUCCAUCAACUACUUCUACUACUGGAUCUCAAUCAACAACUACUACAGGUACACCAACCACUAGUAGUACAACUGCUACAACCACUAGUCCAUCGACAACAACAACCACAGGAACUCCAAGUGGACCAAACCUUUCAGUAGUAUCUCAACAUCUAUCACUAAUCAAUGCAUUUAGAGCACAAAAUGGUAAAGCUCCUUUGACUCUAUGUUCAAAACUAGUUCAAGCUUCAUUAUCACACUCACAAUACCAAGCUUCUAUUAGUAGUAUGACAAAUGCAAAUCCAGCAGGUGGGAUCAUUGCCAGAAUGAAAGCUGCCGGUGUAGUUUCAGUAUCAUCUGCUUCUCAAAAUGUUGCAGCAGGAUAUAAUACAGAUGCAUCAGCAGUAACAGGUCUAACAGCAUCCAGUACAAAGAAUAAUAUUCUUGGUAACUAUCAAUACUUUGGAGUUGCAAUGGUUAAAUCCUCUGCAAAUUAUCCAUAUUGGACACAAAUGUUUAUGAGUGGAUCUUGUUAG